AUGCCAAUAUGGAGUAAUCGCCAGGUCCACAGUAUAGUGUACCUUGAUUAUCACAUACGACCUUCAGACAUCAACCAAGAUCCGAGAAUGUGGCGAUGGGCACUUUUGGGAAGUACUCAAAUACUCACACAAGAUGAAAUGCGGACGGCUAUUACGGAAGAAACCGACUCACAAUCCAGUCAGUCAGAAUGCCAAAUGGUCAGGAGGGCUUGUGUGAGCGUUUGUGGCGAUGUCGGUGGGUACGGCCAGGAUCCUGAAAGCGGCUUUUCUGACGCGAUGAUCCCUUGCCAGAGGGGUGACGCCGAGGACUCAUGCAUUAGCGAAAUCGAAGAAGUAAUGGAUCUGAACCAUGUCGAACAUAGUCAACGGCGAGAAAUCGACCGGAGUGAUGACCAGAAUUCUUACAACUUCGCGGGCGCCUGGGAGGCUCAAACCAUGGAUAGCAUUGUUUCCAGCAGCAACGGACAACGGGAUAGAUAUCCAUACGGUCUAGUAUUGCUCCAAAUUCCCGAUCGUCGAGAGAGGUAUCGUGUUGGCGUCUUCGCCCCAAACGUCUGGCAGUUCCAGGAAGAGUGCAAACACCAUCCUGAGACCGAGCUCAUGACAGUUGGGCAUUUUUAA